UGCUCGGCGCUCUCGGCUCUGGGGGCUCGGCUUUGCCGCGCUCGGUGCACUUGGGCGAGAGCUGGAACGUGGAACAGAGCUCGGAUCCCAGCGCAGCCACCGCGAUGAGAGGCGCUCGCCGCGCCUGGGAUUUUCUCUGCGUCCUGCUCCUCUGGCUCUGCGUCCAGACAGGCUCUUCUCAACCAUCUGUGAGUCCAGGGGAACUGUCUCCACCAGCCAUCCACCCAGCAAAAUCAGAGUUAAUAGUCAGCGCCGGCGACCCGCUUAGGCUGCUGUGCACUGAUCCGGGCUUUGUCAAAUGGACUUUUGAAAACUUGGAUCAAAUCAGUGAGAAUUACCACGAUGAGUGGAUCACGGAAAAAGCAGAGGCCACCAAUACAGGCAGAUACACGUGCAUCAACAAAGCUGGCCUCAGCACCUCCGUUUAUGUGUUCGUGAGAGAUCCUGCAAAGCUUUUCCUUGUUGACCUUCUCUUAUAUGGGAAAGAAGACAAUGAUACGGUGGUCCGCUGUCCUCUGACGGACCCAGAGGUGACCAAUUAUUCCCUCAAGGGGUGUGAUGGGAAACCUCUUCCCAAGGACUUGACAUUUGUCCCAGACCCCAAAGCUGGCAUCACAAUCAAAAGUGUGAAACGCUCCUACCAUUGGCUCUGUGUGCGCUGCUCUGCUGACCGAGGAGGCCAGUCGGUGUUGUCGGAGAAGUUCAUCCUGAAAGUGAGGGCAGCCAUCAAAGCUAUACCAGUUGUGUCUGUGUCCAAAGCAAGCUAUCUUCUUAGGGAAGGGGAAGAGUUUACCGUGACGUGUACAAUAAAAGAUGUGACUAGCUCCGUAGGCUCAAUGUGGAUCAGAGAAAACACUCAGAAUACGAAAGUACAGGUAAACAGCUGGCACCGGGACGACUUCAGCUAUGAACGCCAGGAAACACUGACACUCAGCCCUGUGAGCGUUAACGAUUCUGGGGUGUUCAUGUGCUAUGCCAACAAUACGUUUGGAUCAGCGAAUGUCACAACCACCUUGGAAGUAGUAGAUAAAGGGUUCAUUAACAUCUUCCCUCUGACAAACUUGACAAUAUUUGUGAACGACGGAGAAAACGUAGACCUGAUUGUCGAAUACAUGGCCUAUCCCAAACCUGAACAUCAGCAGUGGAUAUAUAUGAACAGGACAUCCACGGAUAAAUGGGAUUAUCGCAAGUCUGAUAAUGAAAGUAACAUCCGAUAUGUAAGUGAACUCCAUCUAACCAGACUAAAGGGGACCGAAGGAGGCACUUACACGUUUGUUGUGUCCAAUUCUGAUGUCAGUGCUUCCAUAACAUUUAACGUUUACGUGAACACAAAACCAGAAAUCCUGACUUACAACAGGCUCGUGAAUGGCAGACUCCAGUGUGUGGCGGCCGGAUUCCCAGAGCCCACAAUAGAUUGGUAUUUUUGUCCAGGAACCGAGCAGAGGUGCUCCGUUCCUGUCCUGCCAGUGGAUGUGCGGACACAAAACGCUUCUCUGCCACCGUUUGGAAAACUGGUGGUGCAGAGCGCCAUAGACUCUAGUGUGUUCAAGAUCAAUGGCACGGUUGAGUGUAAGGCUUACAACGAUGUGGGCAAGAGUUCUGCCUACUUUAACUUUGCAUUUAAAGGUAACAACAAAGAAAAAAUCCACCCCCACACCCUGUUCACCCCUUUGCUGAUCGGCUUCGUGAUCGCGGCGGGUCUGAUGUGCAUCAUUGUGAUGGUCCUCACCUACAAAUAUUUGCAGAAACCCAUGUAUGAAGUGCAGUGGAAGGUUGUGGAGGAGAUCAAUGGGAACAAUUACGUUUACAUAGACCCAACACAACUUCCUUACGAUCAUAAAUGGGAGUUUCCCAGAAACAGGCUGAGUUUUGGGAAGACCUUGGGUGCUGGUGCCUUCGGGAAAGUUGUUGAGGCAACUGCAUAUGGAUUAAUUAAGUCGGACGCAGCCAUGACGGUUGCUGUGAAGAUGCUCAAACCAAGUGCCCAUUUAACGGAACGAGAAGCUCUAAUGUCUGAACUCAAAGUCCUGAGUUACCUUGGGAAUCAUAUGAAUAUCGUGAAUCUUCUCGGUGCAUGCACCGUUGGAGGGCCCACCCUGGUCAUAACCGAAUACUGUUGCUAUGGUGAUCUUUUGAAUUUUUUGAGAAGAAAACGUGAUUCAUUUAUUUACUCAAAGCAGGAAGAUCACGCAGAAGCAGCACUUUAUAAGAACCUUCUGCAGUCAAAGGAGUCUUCCUGCAGUGACAGUACCAAUGAGUACAUGGAUAUGAAACCUGGAGUUUCUUACGUCGUCCCAACCAAGACAGACAAGAGAAGAUCUGCAAGAAUAGGCUCAUACAUAGAGAGAGAUGUGACUCCUGCCAUCAUGGAGGAUGACGAGCUGGCCCUCGAGCUGGAAGACUUGCUGAGCUUUUCUUACCAGGUGGCAAAGGGCAUGGCUUUCCUCGCCUCGAAGAAUUGCAUUCACAGAGACUUGGCAGCCAGAAAUAUCCUUCUAACUCACGGUCGAAUCACAAAGAUUUGUGAUUUCGGUCUAGCCAGAGACAUCAAGAAUGAUUCUAAUUAUGUGGUUAAAGGAAACGCCCGACUCCCUGUGAAGUGGAUGGCACCCGAAAGCAUUUUCAACUGUGUCUAUACGUUUGAAAGCGAUGUCUGGUCCUAUGGGAUUUUUCUGUGGGAGCUCUUCUCUCUAGGAAGCAGCCCCUACCCUGGAAUGCCAGUCGAUUCCAAGUUCUACAAGAUGAUCAAGGAAGGCUUCCGGAUGCUCAGCCCUGAGCACGCACCUGCUGAAAUGUAUGACAUCAUGAAGACUUGCUGGGAUGCCGAUCCCCUGAAGAGGCCAACAUUCAAGCAGAUCGUUCAGCUCAUAGAGAAGAUUUCAGACAGCGCCAACCCUAUUUACUCCAACUUAGCCAACUGCAGCCCCACCCAGGAGCCCCGGGUGGUGGACCAUUCGGUGCGGAUCAACUCUGUGGGCAGCAGCGCAUCCUCUACCCAGCCUCUGCUCGUGCGUGAAGACGUCUGAGCCCAAGGAGUGGAUGGGGUCUUCCCUGCAGGGAGGGUCCCCAUUCUUUCGGCUUCCAUGUUGGUUAUUUUGUUUUUCUUUCACUUACAUCCUACUCCAGGGCAGUGGGCAGUCCACUAUAACCCUGUCUUUAUGAGCACACUUUAGUGGCUGAUGAUUUGAGUCAUCCGUCACCACCCCUCGCAAAGGUUCGAACUGUAUAUAUUCCUAAUAGCAAAGUAGCCUCUAUUAUAAACAGAAAAAAAUUCUGGUGGGAAAAGAGAGGGUGAGAUGGGCGAGACACCCAGAGUUCUCACUAAGGCUUCUCCAGUUCUGUUUGUAUGGUCAAUAGUUUCUUUGGGUAGUACUCACAUUGGGCCCACAGAGCCAUCCAUAGCGACACCAUGAGGCAGCAAGAUUAGAAGCUGAAACCUAAGCCUUUCUUGUGGAAAGUAGAACAUUAUUAGGACAAAGGACAGAUGUAGGAACAUUCGGGCUUGAGAAAUCUAAUAUUUCAUGCUGGGAAUGAGAGCAGGCCAUGCAAAAAUGUUCCUGUAGCGAGGAAAAGGACACGGCCGUCACACGCGUCUUCGUGCCACUGACCUGGUUUCAGUAUGAGUCUGCUGUUAGGAAGUCUGCGUGGAGAGAAGACCUCCCCAGCCAACCUUUGUACGUACUCCUCUGUAAACUGCACACGUUCCUACAUUUGAAGGGCGUAGACCCACAAGGCUUGGUUUCCACAUACAACCCAGGUGUCCUGUCUGCUAUGUGUAGGAAUAGAUGAAGAGCCAUACAAGCUUGAAGGAAACAGUUAAUACGUUUUUUUCUUUAGGAAAAAAAUGUAACUGCCAAGCACCGUCUUCACAAAAUCUCCUCUUUUAUAGCCAAUGAACUUGCGCGGCAGGUUCUCCAGAACAAGCCUCCCAGCUUCAGAAUGGCACUGUCCUCCGUCGGUUUGGUGCCACUCGGAACCGUUCCUGACUUACUGCAUGACUCCCGCAGGAACGAGAAAGCAGUGCUAUCUUCGUGUGGAUUCUUAGGUAGCAGGAGAUAAAAUCGAGAUGCAGCCUCCUUUACAGGCAUACCCUGGACCUCGGGCCAGUAUCUGUAUAUGUGUGUAUGUGCGUAUGCGUGUAGACAAAUAUCCUUGGGGCCGUAUUCAUGCCCUGAGUUCAAGAGGCUUUUUCAGUCCCCAGGAAGUAACUUGGCAUCCCCCAUCAGCACCGCUGCUGCUUCUCCUCAUGGAGCAGUCUAGAGUAGCUUCCCAAAAGCUUGCAGUGAGGGGCUUGGGAGGCCAAGUGCUUAAGGACUAUUUAUUUGCAGUUCAUCUGCUCUUAGGGCACUCUGUUAUUUAUACUCAGCAUACUGUACCUGUUCCUCAGACCCUGUACAAUGCUACUGUCCCCCGCCGAAAUGUACCUAAAUCCUGCCCUCAGGCUGUAGCCUAGGUAGUACCCUAUGGUUCACCUCCCGUUUCCCUCCUUCCUUUCCAUUGUAAGAGGUAAAGGUGUCCUUGGCAAGGUUCAUGUAUUGUCUUGCAAGAUUCCGGUAGGUUGCCUUCUGUUUCCCCUCCCAUGUCCCUUAGCUGACAUUUAGAGAGCUGUGGCCAUUGACCUGGAUGGGACUAUUUGCACUAGAGUUCUACGCUCUGGCACCUUCCCAGAGUUAGCAGGUUUGGGGGUUGUGUUGUCGUGUAAGAGAUUGUCACUGCUUGCCAUACUUUGUCUAAAAAAUGCCUUUGCGUUUCUUUUGACUUUAAUUAUGGUAAGAAAAGUGAUCGUUCAUUGUAAAUGUCUAGGUACUUCAGGGGCCCUUCAUUGAGAGUUUGUCUAGGAUAUUCUUGAAAGUUUAUAUUUUUAUAAUUUUUUUUUUUUUUACAUCAGAUGUUUCUUUGCAGUGGCUUAAUGUUUGAAAUUAUUUGGUGGCUUUUUUUGUAAAUAUUGAAAUGUAGCAAUAAUGUCUUUGGAAUAUUCCCAAGCCCAUGAGUCCUUGAAAAUAUUUUUUAUAUAUACAGUAACUUUAUGUGUAAAUAUGUAAGCGGUGCAAGUUUAAAGGAUGUCGCUGUUUCAUGUGGUUUUUUUUUCCUAUGUUGUCCAAAUGUUGACAGUUCUGAAGAAUUCUAAUAAAACUGUAAAUAUAUAA